GUGUGUGUAAGCUUGUGCAUGCAGCACUGGGUCAAUGGCAUUGAUUGGACUGCCUACACAUACUGCCAGAUGGGUCUUGGUAAAUGUGAUUGGUUCCAUGGUGCCAGGCAAGGGCAGCCAAUCCCCAAAAGGCAUGUAUUUCAUAUUCAAAUGAGUACUACUGAACAUGAACAAUCUGCUGUAGCAGUGUUACUAAAGGUUGAAGGACAUUGCCGUGGUUCUUCAAGACUGUGUAGAGGGCAUCUCUAUCUUUUCUGGAAGUAGACCAGAAAGCUCAAUGACUCCUACUGUAGUAUGAAAUACUCCAAGCUUUGAGUAAAAAUAUAAGGAGAGGAGGUAUCUUGCAAUAAAGCUGUUUUAUUUUAUAGUGGAGCAUGUUGAAGAUGGGAAAAAGUUUAUUAGAUUAGGAAAAAAUAUAUCAGAUUAAAACUCUAACUUCUGAUAAUGGGGUUGGAUAAGGGUUUUACAUCUCACUAAGAAAACAAAGCAUCAUAUCCAUCAAAUAAGAACUUGAAAACACAGGCUGGGGUAUGUCAGGUUUUCAGCAAAAUGCCAAUAUUAUGAUGAUAUGUCGCUGAUAUGUCUGCAAAAUGAUCAGCCUAGCUUAAAGGAAAGAGAGAGAAGGGAAAGAUAGAGGGGGAGAGAGGAAAGAAGUCGAAGAAGAGAACAUUAAUAAAAGGGGAGAUGGAAAAGAGGAUUAAGCUGCUUAUUAGCUGGUACCUUUUUAUGUCAUGCUUACAUGUCAGACACACUUUAACAAUGUGCAUGUUUACAUCUGGAUUAACCUGUAAUUUUCACUUUUGUAUAGUGAAUUGAAUGUAAAUACUAAGUUUGUCAAUGUCUUUUCAUGGUUUUAUGGUUGAAUCGAAUGUUGAGCCACUGCAAUGUGACUCUGUAAGUUGAUGCUCUAAAUGCAUCCAUCUGCACUUGACAUUGAGUAAAAGGCCCAACUGGCCACAAAUCAAAUCCUAGAGGAACAUGAGAUUCAUCAAACACACACACACACACACACACACACACACACACACACACACACACAAAAGCACUGUUCCCAAACUCAAAGGGAGGCCACCCAUGGAGAUAAGAUCAGAAAAGAUAUACGUUUUUCAUUUCCUACCUCCCAUCCAUGUCUUGUCUUGCCGGUGUUGUCUGUCUCUGUCUGCCUCUCUUUCUCUCUCUCUCUCUCUCUCCCUUCGCAGUGGAUGACUCAGCCAAUUUGCCUCCCUCCCCUCCCCCCUCUCCAUCCGCUGAGCAGAUUGGGCCCGUGGCACAAGCCCAGCCAGAUGAAUGUAUCAGUAAGGCAUCUUGUGAGCCUGCUAUGAAAGAAGAUGAACCUCAAGUGGCGUCGCUGCAUGAGAAGCAGUUGGCAUUUGAAAGAGCAACACCUGAAGGUGCAGAACUCGCUUCGAUUGAACCUCCUCUUCCCUCUAUGAAAGAGAAAGAGCUCACUGACACCUCCUCAAUUGAGCAAGGUAACCAAGAAACUAAGGAUUUAGUAGAAGAGGCUACUGAAAGCCACCUGCUUGUAGAGUCCAAAAACAAAGAAGCAAAACAACCUCUGACCGAGGAGUCAAAUCUUAAGGAGGAAGACAAAGAGGGAGUUAUCUUACCAAGCAAAUCAGAAGCCCCUAUGAAUGAAAGCAAGGAAAAGCCUGGGAUGGUUGAGGGGAUAAAUAAGGAGGGCCUAGAUAGUGGCAGUGACAUUAUGUUGCAUAAGACGCCAGUGACUGACAUUCAAAAAGGGGACCAAAGUCAAGAAACAGUCAAGUCAAGUCCAGAACUUGGCAAUGGGUCGAAAGCAACAUCAGAUAUUUCUGUAGGCCAUGAGUCCGGAGCAAAAACCUACUUUGAGACAUCCUCAAAAAGCCACGAACAGGAGUCAUCACAAACCCAGAGCUAUUACGAACUCAGCACAGCAGCAGAGAAAAAGUUAAAUGAGGAAACUAAAAGCAUUGUGCAGAAGCUCGAGGAACAACAGGAAAAGACAGCCAGAACUUCCUCGGGUAAGAUGUCACUAGAACAAAGAAGCCUCUCCCUGAACAUUGCUGUUGAGUCUUCGGCAGGACAAACAGUGAAGGGAGAGAAGUCAAGGACUUUGUGUCCAAUCAGUGGAAGCUUUGAUGAAUCUGAAGUUCCUUCAACACCAUCUGUGCAGAGCCAACACCAGAUUCUUCCAGCUGUCUCCAUUACCCCAACUACCACUGAAUCACCUGAAGAUACCCCCACCGAGGCAGACACGCCUUUGCCUUCUGAUAAGCACAAAUGUUUUGAACAUUCAGGAAGCCUCUCUGAAAUGUUGGACCUGGCUGGAGACCUGCCUCGACCAUCAUUAGAGAGAAGGGAGCUUGAUCACAUGAGGCGAAAGUCUGUGCCCGCCAAUGUAUCGGCUCUGGUGGGGAGCUCUUUGGCCAAGCUCGCCUUGGGAGAUCAAACCUCAAGAGUGGUGGAAGGGGAAAAUCAGCUAGAGGAACUGGGCUACUGUGUCUUCCAUGAGUAUUUAGGGCCCAUGCCUUCUCCUGCUGAUGUACCGAGUCCUGGAGACUCUACGCACCAGCUUUUCCCUUCUAUGGAGAGUGAAGUUGAGGAGGAGCUUGGGGCAAAAAAAGUUGAAGGUGUUCAAAAAGGGACUCCACAACAAGAUCAUAAAGGUAUUCCCCCUGAGAUUUCUCAAAAAAUAGGGUUUGAAAAGAAAGAUGCGCCAGUAAAGAGUACCCUGAUUCUUGAAAGAGCUCUGACAAGUGGAGUAAAACCUGAUCGCCUAAGAAUCCCAAUGACUUCUUCAAAAGACAGACUGAAUGAGUUUCGUUUGGAGAGUGGCCUGCCUGAUGACAUAAAGAUCCAAGCAAUCCCUGAGGUAGACAUUGAAAAAGACCCCUCCAGAGAGGCUUCUCCCAGCCCACCAGACAGUUCCUUUACUUUCACUCCUUUGGAAACUGGAAGCAAGGUUCCCCCAACUCCCACCACCCCCAAGUCCCCAUAUGAUACUCCCACAGAUACCCAAGUCCUUGAAGAGAAGGCAGGGAACGAUGUCCUGCCGGAGGUCAAAGCAGAGAACCAUCCAGAGUCUGUGAGAAUUGAUAAUGAACAGACAGAGUUAGACAAAGAAAUACAGAAAUCUGAGCAGGAGGAAUUAGAAGAAAGAAGGGAGGAACCAGAAAUGGCAAACACAAACAUACCAGCAUCAUCUCAGUCUUCAGAAAAGAGCACAGAAAAAGAUGACAAGAAUAUUGAAAGUGAGAAUGGGACACCUACAAGAUUAGAAAGAAUAGAAAAGCAAGAGACCCCAGAAGCUGUUCAGAAUGUAAGCACUGGAAAGCCCUUAGAUGAGAAAGAUGCCCAAAUCCAGUUACAGGAGGUGACUCUGGAUAAGGUUGCACCAAAAAUGCCACAAAUAUCCUCCCCAGUCAUCAUUAUACCUCAAGCACAAGUAGAGGAAGAAGCAGAUGAAGAGGAUGAUAUUGAGAUUGCCGAAGAGCCUCAAGAGGUAAUUGAAGAAGCUGAAGUUCCUGAGAGUCUAAUUAGGGGGAGGCUGACGGUAGGCGAUCAGAUGGUAGAAGAAUAUCCCAAGUCUGGAGCAGAAGAAUGUAGUCACAGUGCGCAAAGCAGUGAUAAUGGGGAGCCUGUGACAGACAGUUCCCACUUGCCUCUAUGCUCCGACCAUGAUCUCCCACAGCAACUGGAUGAAGGUGGCAUAGAUGAUGGGAUAGGUGAGGAAAAAGUAGAAGAACAUACACAAAUAAAUAGGGAUAAAGAGGUGGUAGAGAAAGACCCAACAGGAGAGGAGCGAGUGGAAGAAGUUGGUUCUGAUGUGGUACGUGAAGAGAAACAGAAGAAGGAUGAGGGGGAGGAGAGGAUGGUUGAACAGGAGGUGGAAGAGACCUCUGAUGUACUGCGCCAGACCAGUCAGGCAGCUAAUGAUGAAACCACCAUGGACGUCUCUAUCCUAGAUACAGACAGUGGCUGGAUGGACUCACAAGAUGAUGACAAAAGUAUCAUGACUGAGCAAAUUGAAGCCCUUCCUCAGGUCCAGCGUCCUACUAGUACACCUGUGGUGGACAGACCCGCUAAACGGGCCCCUGGCAGAGGAAGGGGCCACCCUGGCAUCACUGAGAGUAAAGUGUCCCGCAAAGUACCCAGCCACCAUCCACCAAGAGAGGAGAUGAAGAAGAAAAAAGCUGUGAGGAGGGCUGACCUGAAUAAGGUUUCAGCCCUCCAAUGUCGUUCUCCAUCUCGAAAGAAUGUAGCCAAAUCAGCAGCCAGACAUCCUAGGCCCGCUCUGCUUCACGGCUCUGCUAGACGCAAGGCCACAGGUAUGGAAAGCCAUCAGCCCCUCAGUGUGGCCCACCAGUCCAGGGAAAGGACAACUUCUCGACAGAGGACAUCUAGCCCCACGCGGGCCGUUCUGUUAAAGAUGGCAUUUCAGCGCCGGGGAUCGGAUCACCAGCCCCCCCGGCCCAGCUCUGCCUGUAGCCUUAAACGGAGCCCCUUGGUGCAGGCGGAGCUCAAUGAGGCCCGCUGCUCCUCUGCAUGUUCCGGCCCAUCCCCUCUGCCAAACGAAUGGGCAGAGAAGGAGAGAGCGUACCGCAGCCCAGAGAAGAGGUCGUCCCUGCCCAGGCCGGCCAAAUCUCUGACACGCCACAUCCCUGCUGCUGAACAAGAAGACAGCACCCCCUCCAGGCCAACCUCGAUCCAGUCCAGAGGGGACAGCAGGUCUGGAAGAGCCCCUGGUAUGGCAGGUACAGAGUCCGCGCGUUCCCGAUCAGUCCGUAGCGGUGCCUCCACCCCCGGCUCCUGCGCCGUCACACCUGGCACACCCCCUAGCUACUCCUGCCGCACCCCCGGCUCUCGCACCCCCGGCAGCCACACGCCCAAGUCCUUCAGCAUCCUCCAGGAGAAGAAGGUGGCGGUCAUCCGAACCCCGCCCAAGUCGCCGUCCUCAGCCCAGCGGCAGCUGAAGGUUCUGAAUCAGCCCCUGCCUGACCUGAAGAAUGUAAAGUCCAAGAUCGGCUCCACCUCCAACCUCAAGCACCAGCCGAAAGGCGGACAGGUUCAAAUUUUACACGAGAAGCUGGACUUCAGUCAUGUUCAGUCAAAGUGCGGCUCCAAGGAUAAUCUGAAGCACUCGCCCAAAGGAGGCAAUGUCAUGAUUCCAAGUGUUAAACUGGACUUUAGCCACGUUCAGGCUAAAUGUGGCUCCCUGGACAAAAUCCAGCAUGCAGCAGGCGGGGGAAACGUCCAAAUCCAGACCAAGAAGAUCGACUUGAGCCACAUCACCGCCAAAUGUGGCUCCAUGUCUAACAUCCGCCACAGACCAGGGGGAGGGAAUGUGCGCAUUGAGAAUGUGAAGCUGGACUUUAAAGACAAGGCCCAUGCCAAGGUCGGCUCCCUGGGCAACACCAGCCACACUCCUGGAGGGGGGAAUGUUACGAUCGAGAGCCACAAGCUGAGCUUCCGGGAAUCGGCCAAAGCUCGGGUGGAUCACGGCGCUGAAAUCAUCAUUACCCACUCCCCUGGGGUCGGGACGGGAGGCACUUCCCCUCACCUGUCCUCCUCUGGCAGCAUCAACGUGCUGGAGUCGCCCCAGCUCUCCACGCUGGCCCAGGAUGUCACCGCUGCCCUGGCCAAGCAGGGCUUAUGAGCGGCUGGCUGCCACGGAUUCACAUCACCCUGCAAAGUCCACACCAUUCCUCCCAUCAGUCUCAUAAGCAUCCAGUGUUCUCCCGAGGUCCUUCACUGCAACAUGACCCCACACACACACACACACACACACACACACACACACACACACACACAAUAGACCCCACAGGUUCUACAGUUGUAGUUGAUUGACUGUCUUCGUCUAUCAGCGACCCUUCCAGCCCUCCGAAUGGGAUUUAAAAAAAACUGAAUUCUAAGAUUACUCUUCAUUCCCACCCUUAAAAGCGAGUCACACCCAGUCACUCUUUAUUUGUUUCUCGUUCAUUUUUCAAUCACUCGUUAUGGAAUCGUUUUGUUUCGUCUUAGAUGAAGGCUAAGGUUUGAGUGGAUGUGUUUAUCUAAGAAAGCAUUGACGGUUUUACAUUUAUACAGUGAUUUUAAAGCGUGAAAAGCAUCACAUUCCACUUGUAUGGGGAUAAAUGGCAAGGUGAACUCGUGCAUAAUGUUCAUUCCGAAUUUAUGUGGUUCUGAAUGCAAGAAAUAGCUACUAGAUACUAGACGCUAGUCUCAAAGAUCAACUGUGUGAGAGACUUAAUUUACAGCAACAUGGCUUGUAACUGUACCUACAAAAGAAUGGCUGGCUGAUAAACAUGUCUGCUUACAAUGUGACAUGACAUUCAUUUUUUGUUUGUUGGUUGGUUGGUUGGUUUUAAUUGUAUGAUUUCCUGAUAUGUGCUGAAUUGUUUGGCAAAUUGUUUGCUCGUUAGGUUUUCUUUUUUUUAUAUAUAUAUAUAUAUGUCACUGUAGUGGAAGUUGUUCCAGUUUUGUAUGUUCCCUGUGGCCGCACUGGCUUAUUAGCACUUAAAUGUGGAUAACCACUGCAGUUCUGUCGAGUUAAGCGCUAAAACGCUAGCUUUCCAAUAGAUUUUCCCCUUCUUUUUUUCCACAAACCAAUGGGCUGCUCUUUUUGUUUGGUUUUACAUUAGCUCUGUGGUUGUAUUAGACUACGACUAUGCUUUUAUGCUGGCAUGGCAAAUAAAUGAUGAAUAAAUUAGAUCUAUUUGGAGCAAUCUUUAAACUUUUCAGUGUGAGUAUAAAUGGCCAGGAUGCAUUCUAGUGUCUAUACUUCAUGGUCAGAUCUUCAGAUCCCUAAAACAGCCUCUCUUGGCGCCUGUGAUCUUUCUCCUUUUGCAGAGACUGGGUUGUACAAUGUAUUUGAAUGGGCAAAGUUUGUUUCAAAAGUGGAAAGUAUGAAGCUUUUGUAUGAAAACAUUCCUUUAAAGAGCAGCUACUUGGCCCUUUUUGUGCGAUUGAACCAGUAACUUUACAGGAAAUGAAAGCGGAAACGAAGAAGAAAUGGGAAGAAUGGGAGUAACCCUCAACUUGCAGUUGUUGGGAUUCCUUUAAAAUAAAAGGAUAAAAGAGCAUAACUGUUUUAGCACAUUCUCUGCUCACCAUUGUGAAACUAUCUCUGCCCCCUCUUUUCCCCCUUCCCAGAUGUCAGUUACCCCUCCAGUGUUUUUCUGUGCUUCCUAUAUUCCUGCCUCCCUCCUCCCCAGCCCCUCUUUGCCUGUAUUGGUGUAUUUAAAAGACCAUGUAGAUGUGUGCACACUUUCCGAUGUUUGAGAUGUACUGACGACAAAUGCUCCAACAGGAUGAUGACAACAGAAAUAAAGAACAUAAAAACA